AUGACCAAGCUCCGCCAGAGCCGUAGCAGCAGCAAAGGCAGCACAGCGACUUCGGCGACCCAGCCAGGCAGCGAAACACCGCGCCGUCGCUAUGAGACACGCACCUUCUGGGAUCAGUGGUAUCGAAAGCACGGGGAAGCUGUAGAGUGGAGCGGCCCGGUGAACGACACGGUUUGGCAGGCGAUCAUGGAUGUCUUGAAGGGACUCCCCCAAUCAGCGGAACCGCUUCGAGUUUGUGAGCUGGGAUGUGGCUGCUCGCACCUGGCUCCCUUGCUGCGCGAUGCCGGGGUUACAGUGAUCGGCGUGGACUUCUCUCAGGAGGUCAUCAACGCAAACCGGAUUCGCCAUCCGGACAUCCAGUGGGAAUGCUGGGACGCUUUGCAACUUGCUGAUCGCUUCGAUCCUGGCUAUUUUGAUGCAAUCGUUGGUAAAACGCUCAUCGACUGCUUUUUGACAAGGACGGAUGCUGCGGGUUCCAUUCGACGCAUGCUGCAGCAAUGCCACAUUGUCCUGAAAGAGCACGGCUGCAUGAUGCUGUUGGACAAGGCUAGCUCGGACACCAUCAUCGGGCGCGGCAGAGCACGCCAGCUGACAGUGGACAGCCACAAGAUGUUGACCUUUCGCGUGCUGCAGCCACAGCCAAGGCAGAACUGCGGCACCAGCUUGCCGGCAGAAGAGUGUGAUGCAUCGCAGAGGCAAUGGGAGUUGGAGAUAGAGCCAACGCUGCACAAGCACUUCGUGGUUCGCCCGGCAGCUGCGGGCUGCGGAUCGCUUGUGGUUUGGUCGACGGACAAUGUCGCUACAGCUGCGGGCAUUGAGACUGGGGACCUUAUCCUAGGCUACCGGCGAAGUGGCUUCAAGAACAUGACCGUUGGUAACGCAACUGAAACUGCGAAAGCCAUUCGAACGUCCCUCAAAAGCCUGACUUUGCUCAUGGAGCGCCCGGCGUCCGGAGCAGCGCGCCGCAAGACGGCCUCGUUGAAGACGAGGCUCAUGUCGCGGCAAUCCACAUCCCAAUCCAAAAUCCGCGCAUGGACGUGUGUGACGGUGAUUGCAUAUCAAUCCCUUACCACGGUCAUUGUGGGCCUCACUUUGAAUGAGCUCGCCAAGCGUAUGGAUCUGGACAAUGGCUUGCAGCUUCACGGGCUCUUCCUUGGACGUGCCAUUGGAGCGGUAUUUGGCACCAUGCUUGGCGGCUGGUUGUGCGACGUUUGCCCAAUCAAGAUAGCAAUGUGCUGCUGUAUCGGCAGCUCGGCCUUGUCUGUAGUGGCCGUGCCAUUCGCAGCAUCCACUGGCAGCCUUCACAUUCUGUCGGGAAACUUCUUUCUGCUCGGUUGUUGUGGUUCGGCUCUGGUCUCCUUCACAGUCUCUGCAGCUUGCUGGAGUUUCCCGGGCAAAGAGGUGGGCCCCAUACUGGCUCUCUGCAACGGGGCAUUCGGCAUGACCAGCGCAGCGCUUCCGCUGACUUUCAAGUUGCUGCAGAUGCAGGGAGACCCUGUCGCCGAGUACAGCUUCGUGGCGCUGUGUGCCGCUCCACCCUUGGCUUUCCUGGCGGCGAGCCAGGCACCACAAAGGCCCGUGGAGAAAUCUGCAGAGCUGGAAUCCGAUGACAGCUCAGAGGACGUCACCGGCUUCUGGUCCGCGACCACAAAACGGUGGCUCGCUGUGAUUGCAGCCGCCGUGGCGCAGUUCAUCUUCUCGGGAGCCAACUCGGCUCUGCUGGGCUGGAUAGUAUCUUAUGCAGACGGGGAGCUCCAUGAUCCCGAAGUGGCGCCCAUAUUGGUGAGCCUGCUGCAGGGCUCGUUGAUGUUUGGCUCCUUCGGAGCCUCUAGAUAUCAGCAGUACUUCUGCUUGUGGGACUUGGCCCGUGGCCAAGUGCUCCUCGUGUUGCUGGGCCUCGCUUGUUGGUUGCCCUUCACCAACUCGGUGCUGGCAACGGUGUUGGCGUUGAUUUGGUAUGGCCUCGCAGGUGGCCCCCUGGUGACAUAUUGCAGCACGCUUCUCAACCAGCACUGCAGUCCAACCGGAUUUCAAUUGGCUGUCAUUAAUGUUGGUGGGAAUUUCGGCGCCAGCGCAGGACCGUUUCUAGUUGGCAUGCUGAUGAUCCGGCUGGGGCCACGUGCCCUGCCCUGUUCUGUUGGUGGCGCGUUUGGCAUUGCGCUGCUCGGAUUUGCAGCUGCUUCGCUGCCAAGGUUCAGCUUGAUGCGAAGAGACAGCAAGACAACGGCAUUGCUGAGCGAGGGAUGA